ACAAACACUGUUUACGUUAUCAGUAACGUAGCCAAGUCAAAGUCCUGUAGUUAGUAUUUACAGCCUUUAUAAAUCUUCAAGGACCAAAGGUGCUCAUAAAAACUAAGCAGGAAACUUCUCCUGUUGACAUUUAGUAGGAUAAUGGAGAAAGUGUGGCUUUUGUUUGGUGUAGCACUGCUAGCCACUGCAUAUUCUAUACCUGUCUCCUAUGAGCAACGAGAGGUUUAUGAAAAUGGUGAGGAUGAGAACCCCCUCCUAAACAAAGGUUUAGAUGCCAACCUGGUUGAAGGGGACAUUUUAAUUCCAGAAGGAAGGAAUGCCCUGGUUGACAAACGAUACAGAUGGAAAUUUCCAAUCCCUUACAUUCUUGGUGAUGAUUUGGACCUCAAUGCCAAAGGCUGUGUUCAUCAGGCUUUUGAAAUGUAUCGGCUGAAGUCCUGCAUUGACUUCAAGCCGUAUGAGGGAGAGAAGACCUUCAUCAAGUUUGAGAAGAGAGGAGGGUGUUUCUCUAGCGUUGGUGAUCAGCAGACAGGUCAGAUUCUGUCUUUGGGGAGUGGCUGUGAUCACAAGGCGGUAAUUGAACAUGAGCUCCUCCAUGCUCUGGGCUUUUACCAUGAACAGUCCCGCACAGACAGGGAUGACUAUGUCACCAUCUGGCUGGAUCAAGUCACACCUGGAAUGGAACACAACUUCAAUAAAUACAAUGAUGACUUCAUCACAGAUCAAAACACGCCAUACGACUAUGAGUCCAUUAUGCAUUACCGACCCUUUUCUUUUAAUAAGAAUGAGUCUGUCCCCACUAUAACCACCAAAAUUCCACAAUUCAUCAACAUCAUUGGCCAGUACCUCGACUUCAGCAAGUUGGAUACCCUCAGGCUGAAUCGGAUGUACAACUGCUCUGGUCCUCUCACUCUACUUGACCAGUGUGCCUUUGAGUAUGCCAGUAUCUGUGGCAUGAUCCAGGCUUCCAGUGAUGAUGCAGACUGGGUCCACACUAAGAGCAGUAUUGGAUCAGAGGAUCACACACUGUUAGGAAGAUGCAGAGAUGCUGGUUACUUCAUGCAUUUCAUUACCAAAACUGGGAAACCUGACCAAGCUGCUCUGUUGGAGUCCAGAACACUCUACCCCAGGAGGACCCAUCAGUGUCUACAGUUCUUUUACAAGAUGACAGGAAGCCCCAAGGACAGGCUGGUGAUCUGGGUUAAAAUGGAUGAUGGAACAGGGACCAUUCGCAAAAUGAAGAAACUACACACCUUUACAGCUGAUUCUGACCUUUUAUGGAAGAUUGUCCAUGUCCCAAUGGAGGUGGAUGUGAAAUUCCGCUACGCUUUCCAAGCUGUACGUGGUGAUCCUACUGUGUCUACUGGUGGCAUCUACAUCGAUGACAUCAGCCUGACAGAGACACGCUGCCCCAACAAUGUGUGGACCAUCAGGAACUUUUCGCAGAUCAUGGAGACAGCCACCCCCGACACGGUCAUCCAUAGUCCACGUUUCUACAGCCCUGAAGGCUAUGCUUACGGUGUCCGCCUCAUUCCUUUGUCCAGUUACAGUGACUACACAGGAAACUAUGUUGGGCUGUACUUCCAGCUACUCAGCGGGGAGAACGAUUGGGUGAUGCAGUGGCCUGCAGUAAACAGACAAGCCACCUUGGUAGUGAUGGACCAAGACCCAGACAUUAAGUUGAGGAUGUCCACAGCUCGCAGCCUUACUACUAAUAUGAUGCUAACAUCAGAUGGAAACUAUUUCUGGGACAAUCCCUCCAAGGUGGGGGUGUUUGAUCUUUCUUGUAAUUGCUACAGAGGGCCGUCAUGGGGCUGGAGGAACUUUGUCAAGCACUUUGACCUCCGGCGACGUAAUUACCUUAAGAAUGAUGACCUUAUUAUUUUCAUCAACUUUGAGGAUAUUUCCUCACUGAUCAAGACCGAAGUUCCCAUCAGGCCAAAGGAAUAAAAUCACAAGAUGACC